GGCAAAUAAAAGUAAAGGGAAUUUCUGUUUACUAGUUUACUAAGUAAUUUGUGUUGUUAGUCAUUAUGCUUAUAUUUGUGCUCGAAUUAUGCGCGUGUUUUGUGUUGUGUCUCGGGCAGAAUCAUGGAGUUAAAGGACACAAUGAACCGGAAUAUCCCACGAACUUGCACAACGGCCUCAGUGAGGCGACGGGGAAUUUCUCAGUGGAGCUAUUAUAUCAUGCAGCAAAAAACCAAGGAACGCAGAAUCUCAUAUUGUCGCCGAUCACAGCGUGGACGGUUUUGGCGGUGACGUCGGAAGGCGCACUGGGCAAUACGCGGACUCAACUGGUCUCAGCCUUACGAAUCAAAAGAAACCGGACGGUCACCAGACAUAACUUACAAGAAAUCGCGCGAUGGCUAGUCGUAAACACAACUACGGUGCAUCUUGCGAAAUUCAACGGAAUAUUUGUGGACAAGUCUAAAUUUCUGGAAGAUGACUUCCGUCAAUCUUCGAAAGUAUUUUAUGAUACGCAAACCGUCGAUUUAGACUUCAGUAACACCGCAGCAACCGCCGCCGCCAUCAAUGGAGCGGUGUCAUCUGCAACUAAAGGCAGAAUUCCCAAAUUAAUUGAUGAAAAUAAUUUGAGUGAUGCACAGAUGAUCAUCACUAGUGCAGUGUAUUUUAAAGGGCAGUGGACAGCACCUUUUAAUGUCUCCUCUACAACUAAACAAAAUUUCUAUAAUAGUAGUGGGAUGAAAAUGGGUGAAGUAAACAUGAUGUACAAUAGAUACACAUACCCAUUUGCUAAUAUUAAGGAGAUACAAGCAAGAGUAAUUGAGUUGCCUUAUGGUGUUGAAAAUCGUUUGUCCAUGCUAUUAAUGCUGCCAAAUCCUGGUGUUACUCUGGAAGAUAUGUUCUUGAACUUCAAAACAGUACCUCUAGAUACUGUGUUUCAAGAGCUGAAACUCUCUCAAGAAGAGUAUAGUGAUGAUGAAAUAGAUUGUUUCAUUCCUCGCUUCAAAAUUGAUUCAAGCAUUGAACUGAAUGAAAUUUUGAAAAAGGGAAUGGGAAUAUAUGACUUAUUUGACCCAGUGAAAGCCAAUUUGGGCCGCUUGGCUCGGGUACCCAUGUAUGUGACUAGGGUUGUCCAUAAAGCAGAAAUUGAGGUUACUGAGGAAGGUACCACAGCGUCUGGAGCUACAGCUGCAGAGUUUGCAAACCGAAUUGGAGUUAUAAGAUUUGAAGCCAACCGGCCUUUUAGUUACCUUAUUGUGGAAAAAGUCACAAACACUAUAGUUUUUGGAGGAGUCUACCAACAGCCAAUUUUGUACUGAUCCUAUAGCUAUAAUUGAAAACUAAAAUAACUAUAGUUGUAGUCUUUGACUUCUGUAUACUCAAAUCCAGAAAUAUGAUUGUCAAUUAUUUUAGUAAUAAGUUUUUGACAAAAAUUUCAUUUUUGGUAUACACUUUAUUCGCUGACUGUACUUUUCUUUCCACAGGCAACUAAUACUUAUCGAGACAAUUCUAAAAACCCCAAACACAAUUAGGUUGCGUUGUUUUAUCACAGAGUUCCUAUUACCAAUUUCUAGUAGUAGUAGGUUUGUACCUUGAAACCCGAUCGUGUUCAAAGUCUAUUACGUGACCUUUCUCAUAAGUGCAAACACGACUAUGAUACAAUAUUCCAUCAUGGAAUGCCAGUGCCUAUCAUCAUCAGACCUUGAAACCUAAUCGUGGUCAAAGUUCAUUGCAAGACUUUUCUAACAAAUCCAAACACAGCUAUAAUACGAUGUUCCAUCAUGAAGUUCCAGUUCAUAUCUUCCGGCUCCAUCAUCAGAUUAGUUCGACAGUAUUGUCAUCAGAACUACAAACAGCUUCCAAUUUUCAUGACUACGAUCCUUGGGAGAUGGUUAAAUUAGUUACCUUAGAUUCCAUUACAUAGUUAGUUACAUACAGGUUGACUGUCAAAAAGCGUGUUAAAAUUUAAAAUACUUUUAAGUAUAUGAAAUAGGUAGGUAGAAUACAUCAGGAUAAUUUCAUACAUUUCGGAUCCAGAUUGCAAACCCUACCAAUGUAGCUUAAAAAUAACAUUUCUCCUAUAUUUUCUUAUGUUUUUAUUUUGUUUUUGUACUUAAACUUUAAUGAUCUUAACUUAACAUUUUAAUAACUUGGGCAUCUCUCUAUCCUUUGGUCUAUUUCUUAACUUAAUUUAAGUGAUUAUAAUUUUCCAUGCUUGAUCUUUCUUUGAAUUGUCUGUUUUAGUCUAAUACAUCACAAGUUUAGCCAUUACAAGCCUUAAUGGCCAACAAAUUAUUAUGUGAGUAGAAUUGAUUAAAUAAUAGUAUAAUAACUCAUAGGUAUGUUGAUAAAAUAUAUAACUAAGAGAGAUAAUAUUACAUUAAAGAUAAGUUGACAUGGUCAUGUUCAAUGUAAUCAGGGCAUUUAAAAUGCUCAUGGACCGAGAACGAACUGGUUGCAAAACUGUCAUUUUAAAUAAUCAUUUGCACUUAAAAAACAGGUAAAUUGUACAAUUAAAAUAUUUAUGUGUAGGCAGGUAGUCAUGGUUCUGUGUUCUAUUAUACUGUUGAUGUUUCUCCGCAUUGAUGUUGACUGAAAUAAAUCUAUAAUUCUAAAUUGUUUGUAGGUUAUUCUGCACUAGGUAUGGUGAUAAUGUUAUGCCAUUGAUGUUAGUAAAAUUAAUUACCUAUAUUUUCAAAUGACUGUCUCAUUUCAAACAUACACAGAGAGAAUCAUACUAUCUUUGUCUUACACUAGUACUAGCAUCCAAAAGAAAAGGAUGAGUAUAUUUUAUUUUGUCCUUAUUUACUGACAAUUUGGUUUGACCAACU